CUUCAUAUACAGCCAAUCUCGCCAUCAACUCACUCCCUCACGUCCAUACCAUAGGCGCGGCGGCUAUGGCUUCUGGUGCGGGCCAGGCAUUGGCCCACAGGAGCGUGGCCGGCAUUCGUUCGGGGCCGCCGCCGGCGCAAUCGCCAUCGACGCCUCACACGCCCCCCCGGGUCCUCUCCUCGACGUACAGCUCGCCGUCCACCAUCCGAGCUGAUGAUGACUUUGUCCUGAUUGAAAUCGGCUCACGCUUCGCUCGCAUAGGCUUUGCGGGCGAUUCGCUGCCAAAGGCCACCUUGUCGUGUGGGCCCGAGCAGGGACGUCGCGCCGGCGAUUUCAGGACGUGGCAGCAGCCCGCAGCACCAUCCACAGAAUCGUGGAGCGACGACUAUGAGAUAUGGCGUUACGACCUGAGAAAUCUGGACCUGGGUCUGUUUCACGACAAGUUAGACCGUCUGCUUAGGGACGCAUUCACAAGAUAUCUGCUCAUCGACUCGCGUCCUAGACGAAUGGGCCUCGUCUUGGACCCUGAAGUGCCGCUACCACUGCUCUCAGUUGUCCUGGACACCUUGUUCAACAACUUCCAGGCCCCCAUCAUCUCUCUCAUGUCAUCACCGACGAUGUCUGCCGUGGCCGCCGGUCUCCGUUCUGCGCUGGUCGUGGACAUGGGAUGGGCAGAGACGGUCGUUACCAGUGUGUACGAGUACCGGGAGGUGAGGACUACGCGGACCGUUAGAGGAGGCAGGUUCCUCCUCGACAAGCUGUACAAGCUGCUCCACCGGUUGCUCAAAGGGGAAGACUACGACGAAGGGGCACCGCGUCUCCUGAGUUUUGAGGAAUGCGAGGACAUUCUCUGUCGCCUCCUCUGGUGUCGGGCUUCGGGCUUCAAAUCGCCGCAGCGUCAGUCGACGCAGCUGGAUACUGUGGAGGAGCAGGACGAGUCCGAGGCGGAGCCGAGUCAAGGCACGGGUGUGGCCAAGAUCCCGCUGCGGUCUACAACCCCGCCGAUCACGCUGCAGGUCCCGUUUGACAAGCUAGCCGAUGUCUGCGAUGACACAUUCUUCGAAGCGUCUGCGUCUCCCUCGACUUUUGACGAUCACGAGCUGCCGCUGCAUUUGCUUGUGCACCUUCACCUCGUACAGCUGCCCAUGGAUGUCCGAGCUGUGUGUAUGGCGCGAAUCAUGUUCACUGGAGGCUGCUCAAGCAUCUUGGGCGUCAAGCAGAGAGUCAUGGACGAGGUCACCAGCAUCGCGGACAGGCGCGGAUGGACGCCGGUUUCAGGGAAAGGCAUCGAACAGCUGCGCCACAACCAAAAUAUUAGACGAGCGAGCGUGCAGAGGUCCAGUAUCUCGUCGGUGGCGACAUCCGAAUGCAACAGCGAGGACCUCGACAGCCGGUCCGAGGCGACCUCGGCCGAGCCUUCUGGCGAUAUUGAGGCAAAGAUUGCGCGGAACCGGCCAGUCCCUCGGCAGCUGCAGGGCCAGCUUAGAGCCCUUCACACGCUUGGGCCGUGGGCAGGCGCAAGCCUCAUGUGUCAGCUCAAGAUUCCGGCCAUGGCCACGAUAGACCGUGAGCUGUGGCUGCAGCAGGGAGCCGCUGGCGCGAGCCGGCCGAACGAGGUUGACGCCAAGGCGCAGCAGAGGCAGAGCAUGGGCGCCGGCGGGCUGAUCCGGGGCAGCGGAGGCCAUCACACGAACUGGACGCUGGGCGUUUGGGGCGCAUAUUGAUUGAGUUGCGCCGACAGCGCUGGCCGUGGAGUUUAGUAUCGCGAUGAGGAGCACGCGGGCCAAGUAAUACCCAAGUAGAGACGGGCUGGUAGCACAGCAGUGCCCUCCACCAAUGCGAAGUCUAUACAAACGCG